AAUUUCUGGAAAUGUUGAAGGAGGAGUUGGAAAAGAGUGAGGAAGAGAGCUCCCUGUUAGACACGAUGACCAGGAGAGUUCUGCAAUCAGAACUCCCUGGUCCUACGGACGUCGAGAUGGCAUCUCCGGAGCCCCCUCCCAACAAAGUACCCCCUGAAGCCAAAAUAAAAAGUAGAGGGAAGAAUAGGGGUGCUCGCCACACCCCAAAAGAGAAAAGACAGGCUGAGGGGGAAAAUUAUGUUGGUGGACGAUCAGUCGUGAGGAGAAGGAUUGGAGGCAGGGGCAGUGGAAAAGAUAGAGGACGAGGAGGAAAUAAAGUUGGAGGACAAGGAAGAGGUGGUGGUCAAGGAAGAGGAGGUGGUCGCGGACGAGGAGGAGGUCGAGGAUGGGGAGACCCCAGAGGGCAUAGAGGCCGUGGUGGGGGUCUUACCCUCUAUCAGCAUUUUUAUGCUUAA